AGAGAAUCUUCUGCUGGCCCAUGACCUCUUGUCGGUUCAGCUGCCCAAGGUUGCCGAGGUCGCAAAGGAGAAAGACGAGCAGCUUACAAGGUUAAAGGCUGAGCUUCAAGCUGUCUGCAAGGAUCGGUCCGAUAAGGAUGCUGAGCUGAUCCGAAGUCGCGAAGCUCAUGAAGCUGCUAUGGGUAAACUCCGACAAGAGAUGUCAACCACGGCUGAGCUCAAAUUCCAUGAGGGUAUCGAAGUCGGGAAGAAAUCGGUGGCCGAGUUCGACAACGCAUCUAAUGCCAACGCAGUAACGGAAUGGGAGUUGGAAUUGAAUGUCGCCUUAGCUUUGCGUUGGGUGAUCGACAGAGUAGAAAGCGGCGUAUACACUAUAGAUGAAUUGCGUAUCUUCCUCCUUCAUAAAAUGGAGAAGCAUGGUUUUAAUCCUGAAAUGAAGAACGCCCAUAUUCCGGCCGACCAGGAUGAAAGAGACUUCGCCGACCGACUUCUUAAGCAGAAAGAAAGUCGGAUGUUGGAACUGGACUUGAUACCCUUGUCGAAGGAAUGCAAGGCAAAAAUCCGCCGGUCAUUUGUCGACAUGGUCCUCGAAGUGGAAAAGGCCAAGAAGCCUGAAAUGGCUAAUAUAUGUGUGGAGACGAUUGCUGAGGCCUUUGUCACAGAAACAUUUGAGGGCUUGUCUGAUGAAGAGCUUCUGGGCGCGAUUAUCAGUUUUGCCUCACGCAAGGUGGCAGAGGAUGACGCUAAAGCUAAAGGAUGGGUGAUUGACCCAGUUCCUUCUGACGACGACCGUGUUUUGCAUGAAGAUGAUGACGUCGUCGUGAUUAAAGAAAGCGAUGUCGUCCGAGCACUGGAAGAGAAGGAGGAGGACGUAAUUCAGCGCUUAAGUCAGAGAUUAAUAGAUCAUAUGGACACCCAGGUGAAUUUUUCCGAAUAUUAUUAUUGUACAUAUAUCCGUCCCUCCUCUCCGGAGAACUGUUUUCUCCUUUUAUAUUUUUGUACAAUAUUUAUCUGUAUAGUAAUCAUUACAUUUGAAAGGUCAAAGGCGGCUUCAAGGUCAAAGGCGGCUUCUUGCUAC